AUUCCUGUGGAUGUAAAUAAAUGUGUGUUUGUGUGAUGUUUAUAAUUUUAAGGGGGGAGAAAAUGAAGUUCUCUGUAAAUUCAAAACAAAUAGUUUCAGUUAUCGGCAUGUUUUUUCUAAUCUGAGUGUUACAUUUCAAGUUGUAGUUUUCAAAAUGAACUUUGUAAAUUUGAUUAAAUUUUUUAGUGCAAACAGUUGAUAAUAUAAGAGACACACCAUGGACAGUGAUGAAGAAGGAGAUAAUGAACGAGUAAUUUCUUUAACUACUCGAUUGCUGUUUGGAAAUAUUGAUGAUGAUGGGCAACUGGAAAAUGACUUUUUAGACCCUGAAUCUAUAAGGCAUUUACAUCAACUGAGGCAGUUAGGAAUUGGAACUCAGCUAAAAGAAAUCACAGAAGAUGUUGAUUCACCAAACUGUGAAUUUGGAGAACCAGAAGAUGCAAGCCGAGGAAGUGAUGAUUGUAAUGUCAAGUCUCCAUCUGCUGUGGAUUAUUCUGAUAUCAAUGAAUUAGCUGAUGAUGCUGAUCCAAAUGCACAUCCUAAUGAAACUACUGUUGAUUACUCAGCUGUUAAUGGGAAAGAGGAGGAUUUUUCUGGUGUAAAGCCCAGUGACAAAGACUUAAUGCCUCCACCUCCUUUACCUCCUCCAAAAGAUGGAACUCAGGGUACUGCUCCAUGUGACACAGAUGAAUCUGAUGUGGAUUUCUGUGAUAAAGAGAAAGAUGAUCUUAUUGAAGAAAAGCCACCACAGACUGAAAAUGUUGAAAAGAAAUUAGAUACUCCUCUUGCUGCUAUGCUUCCUUCUAAAUACAAGAAUAUGGAUGUAACUAAAUUAUUCCCAGAAUUCAGACAUGGUCAGGUAUUGAGGUUUUCUCGGCUUUUUGGACCUGGGAAGCCAUCAAGUUUACCUCAGAUUUGGCGAGGUGUUAAAAAGAAGAAAAAGAAAAGAAUUAGUGAUGAUUCAGAUCUUGUAAAAGAACCAAAAAAGUGGACAUUAGAUAUCCCAGAUUCUCCACCAAGGCCAGAAGACUGUGAAUCAGAUGAAGAAGCAAAACUGUUAAAACCAGAAGAAAAAAACAGAUCAGGUACAAAAAAUGAGGCAUAUAAGACAAAUGAACUUUCUCCCGGUUUUGCAGCAUGGCGGUUUGGUCCCGCAAAACUUUGGUAUGAUAUGUUAAAUGUUCCUGAAAGUGGAGAAGGUUUUGAUUAUGGAUUUCGGCUGAAGGAACAGCAAUCAAGUGAAUUAAACAAUAAUGUGAAAGAUCCUCUUGCUGAUGAAAAUUAUCCAGACGAUGCUUAUUUUAUGGUUACACUGUAUCCGUGGGAAGAUGAUGUGAUAUGGAAUGGUGAAGAAGUCAAGAAAGUUGUACUCGCAAAACUGCACAAUCGAAAUAAUGCUGCUGGUUGGGUGCCCUCAAGUAUGAACAGAACUGCAUCAGCCUUUAGCCAACAAGCGAAAACAUUCUCUGCAGCACUGCAAACUGGAACACCAAAACCAUCAAAUCAACAAGCAAUGAAAAUAAAUAAAACACCUGCUUCAAAUAAGUCUGAAUAUUCAGAUGAGAAAGAUGAUACUUGGUGGUCAAUAUUUCCAGUUGAGAAUGAAGAGCUUGUAUAUGGCCACUGGGAAGAUGAUGUAAUAUGGGAUAGUGAGGCCAUGGAAAAGAUACCCGAACCAAAAGUAUUAACUCUUGAUCCUAAUGAUGAAAACAUCAUUUUGAGUAUUCCUGAUGACCCAGAUCCAAAUUCUUUAACGUCUAAUGAGCCUGUGAAGGAAAAGAAAGACAUGGUGAGAAAAUCUCGAAUUCUUUUGGGAAAGGCUGGAGUUAUAUCUGAACCAGAACCACCCAGUCCUCCACCACCACAAAAUAUAAAAAAAGAUCCAUUUAACAUAUCAAAUGAUGAAUAUUAUAAUCCAAAGAUGACUCAAGAUUCUGCUCUGAAGCCAAAUGUUGGAGGAAAUCUGAUUCAGCAUUCUAUCCCUGCAAUUGAACUAAGCCCACCAUUUUUUCCAACACAUAUGGGUCCCUUAAAAUUGCGUCAUUUCCACAGACCACCUUUGAAACGGUUUUCUCACGGUCCAUUAGCACAAACAGGUUUUCAUGGAGUUAUUCCCUUGCUGAAGCACAUCAAAAGAAAAGCUAAGCUUAGGGAGCAAGAAAGAGAGGCAUCUGGUGGAGGAGAGAUGUUUUUCAUGCGAACUGCUGAUGAUCUGACGGGCAGAGAUGGUGAAUUAAUUUUAGCAGAAUAUUCUGAAGAACAUCCACCUUUAAUGAUGCAAGUGGGAAUGGCAACCAAAAUUCGAAAUUACUAUAAACGUAAACCAGGAAAAGACACUGGUGCACCAGAAUAUAAGUAUGGUGAAACAGCAUAUGCACACACAUCGCCUUUCUUGGGAUCUUUAGCUCCAGGUCAGAGCAUACAAGCAUUUGAAAAUAAUUUAUUUCGUUCACCUAUCUAUGAACAUGAGUUACCAGAUACAGAUUUUGUUAUCAUACGCACUCGUCAACAUUAUUAUAUCAGGGAGGUGGAAUCUAUUUUCACUGUUGGACAGCAGUUACCUUUAUUUGAAGUACCAGGCCCUAAUUCUAAAAAAGCAAACAAUUUUAUUAGAGAUUUCUUACAGGUGUUUAUUUAUCGAUUAUUCUGGCACAGUAAAGAUAAUCCUCGAAGAAUAAAAAUGGAAGAUAUUAAAAAAGCUUUUCCAUCUCAUUCUGAAAGUAGCAUUCGUAAACGACUGAAACUCUGUGCAGAUUUUAAAAGGACAGGUACUGAUUCAAACUGGUGGGUGUUAAAGAGUGAAUUUCGUCUUCCUACUGAAGAUGAAAUAAGAGCCAUGGUUUCUCCUGAGCAGUGCUGUGCCUAUUAUGGCAUGCUUGCAGCGGAACAAAGACUUAAAGAUGCAGGUUAUGGUGAAAAAUCCCUUUUUGCUCCAGAAGAUGAAAAUGAUGAAGAAAUGCAGAUGAAAAUGGAUGAUGAAGUAAAAGCUGCUCCAUGGAAUACAACAAGAGCAUUUAUAUCAGCUAUGAAGGGUAAAUGCUUGCUUCAGUUAACAGGUGUUGCUGAUCCUACUGGCUGUGGAGAAGGCUUCUCCUAUGUGCGAGUACCGAAUAAGCCUCAACAAUCUAAAGAAGAGUGCAGUAACCAAACAUCUGCAAAGAAAACAGUAACAGGAACUGAUGCAGAUUUGCGUCGACUCUCCCUUAGUAAUGCCAAGCAACUACUUCGUAAAUUUAAUGUUCCUGAAGAAGAGAUAAAAAAAUUAUCUCGAUGGGAGGUUAUUGACGUUGUCCGUACUUUAUCAACAGAACAGGCUAAAGCUGGUGAAGAAGCCAUGAGUAAAUUUGCUAGAGGUAAUCGUUUUAGCAUUGCAGAACAUCAAGAACGAUAUAAAGAAGAUUGUCAGCGCAUCUUUGAUUUGCAGAAUCGGGUACUUGCAUCAAAAGAAGUUCUUUCUACUGAUGAAGACUCUAGCUCUGAGGAUGAUUCAGACAUUGAAGAAAUGGGAAAGAAUAUUGAACAUAUGCUCUCUAAUAAGAAAACUAGUUCACAAUUGACCCAUGAACGAGAAGAAGCAGAGAGAAGAGAGUUACAGAAGUUAAUUUUAGGAGAAGAUAGUGUCUCUGAUGAAAGGCGAAAAAGGGAAAAAGAAAAACAAAAAAUUGAGAGAGAAGAUGACAGUGCCUCAUUAGGAAGUACUGGAUCCAAUUCAAAUGGAAGAAUACUGAAAAUUUAUAGAACAUUCAAAUCACCUGAUGGUAAAGAAUUUGUACGAAUAGAGACUGUUCGUAAACCUGCUGUAAUUGAUACUUAUGUUCGUAUUCGCACUACUAAGGACCCAGCAUUCAUAAAACAAUUUGCAUCAACUCUAGAUGAACACCAAAAAGAAGAAAUUAGAAAAGAACGCAGAAGAAUUCAGGAACAGCUUCGGAGAUUGAAAAGAAAUGCUGAGAAAGAAAAACAUGUACCUCCAAAGAAGAAACCAAAAAAAGAACCUCCUUUAUUAAAGCUCAAAUGUGGAGCUUGUGGAGCUAUUGGCCAUAUGCGAACCAAUAAAACAUGUCCAUUGUAUCAACCUGCUGCUCCCAUUCCUCCUGUUCAGGUCGCAAUGACUGAAGAGGAGGAGGAGGAGGAAGAAAGGGCUGGAUUGGAAGAUGAUCAUUUGGUGAAGGUAGAUGAAACAAAAGUGGUUCUAUCAAAACAGUUAGUAAAACAUGCAGAUGAGGUACGCAGAAAAUCUCUUGUUCUAAAAUUUCCUAAAGAAGCUGUUGCAAUCAAGAAGCGUAGGAGAGCUGGAACUGUUAUGCAUUGUGAUUACUUAAAAAAACCUCAUAAACUUGUUAAUCGCCAGCGAACAGAUCCAGUUGUAGCUUUGUCCAUAAUUUUGGAGAGUAUGCUUAAUGAGAUGAGAGAUCUUCCUGAUACUCAACCAUUUUGGUUUCCUGUUAGUGCUAAAAAUGUGCCAGAUUAUCAUCGAAUUGUUCAUAGGCCUAUGGAUCUCCAAACAAUGCGAGAAAAAUUACAUCAGCGGAAAUAUAAGAGUCGGGAAGAGUUUUUACAAGAUGUUAAUUUAAUUGUUGAAAACAGCAAUAUAUAUAAUGGUGCAAAAAGCUCGUUGAGUCAGACAGCUCAAAAAAUGAUGGAACAUUGCUUAAAACGAUUUGCAGACAAGGAAGAAAAACUGAUGAGGCUUGAGAAAGCUAUCAAUCCUCUUCUUGAUGAUAAUGACCAAGUUGCAUUUUCAUUCAUCUUAGAAACUAUAGUAGCUCAAGACUUGAAAGCAAUUCCAGAGUCUUGGCCAUUUCACAAACCUGUUAGCAAAAAGUUUGUGAAGGAAUAUUACAAUGUUAUCAAGAAUCCAAUAGAUUUGGAUACUAUAAUAAAGAAUAUUAAAGCUCAUAAGUACAGCAACAGAGAAGAUUUUAAAGCUGAUGUGGAACUGUUACUUACCAAUAGCCUUACAUUUAAUGGUCCAGAUAGUCAGUUUACUAAGAAAGCAAGAGAGAUAAUGGAAGCUUGUGAAGCUGCUUUGAAAAGGUAUGAUGAUCAACUCACUGUCCUGGAAGCUGCUAUCAAAUCAUCCCAAGAAGCUGCUUUAGAAGCUAUUGAAACUGAUUCAGCCAUUACAGGGAAUUCCUUCCAGCAUGAUGAUGGAAGUUGCACAGAAAGUCAAGCUGGAGAUAAGUAUGAUGAUCAGCAUAGAGGGAAAUCCAAAGAUAAUGAAGAUAUGGAGUUCGUUGAUGUUGAAGGUGAUGAGGAUGAUGAUUAUGAUGAAGAAGAGGAUGAUGAAUCUGUUCUUUUAGGUCAUAAUUUAUUAGUGAAAUCUGAAGGUGGUUUCAGUGAAAAGAUACAAUAUGAUAGUGACACUGAAAUGCAGCAUGUGACUUCAGACAAUGCUGAAGUGAUGCAGUUUGAUUUAACUUUAUGUGCUGAUAAUGAAAAUUCAGAAAUAAUUGAUGAAAAUUAUGAUCCUUCAGAGUUUCUUUUGCAAGGGAGGUAUGAUUUUCAGCAGUCAAAAGAUGAUGCAGCUGAAGAUAAUGUUAGCAAUGAUUUAGUUGUAAGUGAUUCAGAAGAUGAAUCUAAUAGAUCCUCUGGGCAUAUGGAUCAAGAAAAUGAGGAAUUGUGGUUUUAAAUUUAUAUACUGCACAUUUUUAUCUGGUGUAUUUUUAAAUGUUCAUAAAAUUUAUCUAAUUCAUUUGCAUCAAUUUAAGACUUCCACUUUUCUUUUUCCUUUAAGGUCAUGUCAUCUUUAUUUAGUUGAUUAUUUGCAUAAUUUUCAUCAGGUUAUAUCUUUUUUUAUAAUUCAUCUGAAAUCACUAAUUUUAUUCAUGUUGAUCAGUGAAUGAUGAUGUACAUUUGUAAUUUUGUUUCUCAUUAUUAAUGCGGGCAUGUUAUUGUAUUUCAAUCAUGUUUAAAAAAUUCUUUAUAUAUGUAUAUAUUUAUGUAUUAGCUCGACCCAUACUGGCCCCAAAAUGAUAAAAAACUGUCUAAAUAUAUAUGAAAAGCACACUGUCAUUAUGAAUACUUAUUUUGCUAUGCAAACAGAUAUACAAAUUUUUAAUCCACGACAUAAAACGAUCAAAUAAAAAGCGGUUUAAUAAAACCAUUUCUGGCAUUAUUAGAUUUUUUAUUUCAUAAUUUAUAAUCAGACUCUAAUUAAUGAACUUUUGAAAAGUAUUCUUAAAUCAAAAAGUCAUCUUAAUUAUUUUCACAACAAAUGUGCUCCUUAAAAAAGGGGGGAUCUAUAAUGAAUAUAAUGCUGCAAUUGGUGGCUAUAUAUAUUUCAGCUUGAACUGGUGAAGACAGUCUAAAUUGAAGAUGUUAUUAAAUAAGGACUGUAUGUAUAUUUCUGUUACACAAUUAUGCUUUACAAAAAAGGGUGAAAAGUGAUAUUUUUUCAGUACUGAAAUAAAUAAUAAUAAAUGCAUCCUACCAGGAAAUGUAGUCAUAAUUCUUGGCACAGUGUAUUUAUUAUCACAUUAAAAAUAUUAAUUCAAACCUGACGUAUUUCCUUAAAAAUGGUUCUUUUUGUUAGAGCUGUAGUGCUAGUAAGUAAUUUCCAUUGUUUUUUUUUUUUUUUUAUAUAUAUAUAUAUAUUUUUAAUGUAGCUUAGAUAUUCAUAGGUGAAACUUUUCUAUUUAUAGACUACAUAUUUAUUUUAAGAACAUGAUUGAAAGAGUAAAUGUAAAUACUUGUAUAUAUUAACUUUAAAAAACUAUGCAAGGAAAUUAAUGCCUUUGGUUACCAUACUGCAUUAAAUUGCAAAAGUAAUUCUAAUUAAAGUAAUAAUUCUAAGUAGUCUCUGUUUUUAAAAGCAUUUAUAAAAUGAUGUGCAUGUCCUACAUUAAAUUGAUUAUAUUGUUUUGUUUAUUAAUUUUAUUUUAUUGUAUAGUUGAAAAAAUACUUUGGUUUAAUAUUUAUUUUAAUCAUAAAAUUUAUUCAUAAAAUAAGAACACAAAGUGAGGGUAGACAAACUUCAUAAACAAAACAUAGUUUUAUUUCUUAGUGCAUUCAAUAUUCUAGCACUCAGGGAUGUGAAUUUUGUUACAUUUCAUAACUCUCUAUGUCUGUUGACACCAUGUCUGAAAAGCACCUUUGUUUGGAUUCUGGUUUUGGAUAGUAGUCAAUGAUAUAGCAUUCUUUUUUGACUUAAUAUCAUGUAUCUUUGAAUUUUAAAAAUUAUAGUCUUUAAUGAUUUAAAUUAUUUUAAUCAUGUAAUAAAAAUACAUUAAUCUGAGGCUUAUUUUUUAGUACAACAUAUGGAUAGGUUUCCAAAAACCAAACAAAUAUCAAACUUAUGUAAAUGAUAGGUUUUAGUUUUAUUUAAAUUAUCUUGUUUAUAUCUUCACCUUUUAUAUACUAUCUUUUCAUCUUUAAUGAAGUCUUUUGUCUCUUUUGUAAGUUUUCUUCUAAGAUCUCUAGUUCCAAAAGUGGUUGGAAAUUUUUUUCUAUUUUUACUUUUAAUUAUAUUUCCUGUUACUACACUUUUUAUUUAAGAAAUGAAAUAAGAAUUUCUGAAUCCUAAUUUCUCCAAUAAUAUUUACUUAAUGUAUUAAAAAAAUA